AUGUCCUUCAACUUUACAUGGCCUGAGUUUUCUGCUGAAUUCUAUGAAUACGCCGUGCAGACACUGACGACGGCGCUGAAUCGCGGGCAGAAACCCAAAUCGAUUGUGGGCGAUAUCCAUGUCAAAGGACUACAUAUGGGCCGAGUGCCGCCGGAGCUCGAGAUCCUGGAGAUUGGUGAUUUGAGUCGCGAGCGCUUUCGAGGGAUCUUCCGCUUUGUCUACGCUGGCGAUGCACACCUGGAGUUCUCGACGGGUGUUCAGGCGAACCCACUAGCUCGUGGAUCGGAGGACCACGGCAUCUUCAGCGGGCCUAUGACGUCGCGGGGCAUGCUUUUUGCCGCGAGUCCGCUUACUGUGCCUAUGCGUGUAUGUCUGUCGGAUUUCAAGCUGCGCGCCAUUGUCGUACUCGUGGUGUCGCGAACGAAAGGCAUCACACUCGUGUUCAAAAACGAUCCCCUCGAAAGUGUCAAGGUCAGCUCAACGUUCGAUAGCGUCGGCGUGAUCCAGCGCUACUUGCAGGAAGAGAUUGAGGGACAACUGCGCGAAAUGUUCCGUGCAGAUCUACCGAGCAUCAUUCAUCGCCUGAGCCAAGACUGGCUCCGCACGGAAUCGAAGGAAAAAGUCGUGCCAACGCCGUCGGCGCAACCAGCCAAGCCGGCGAUGCCACCAGUCCCGUCGGACGUAUGGCCUUCGCACCACACGGCCGACGUGCCACUGUCUGUGCUCGCGCUGGAAGAGGCUGCUCCCAGCGCAUAUGCAUCGCACCUCACCAAGCUAGAUACGGCUUCUCAGAGCUCGCAAGGACUCAAAGACCUCGUCCAACCUGCGGGGUCACAUCCCGCAGGUGCACGAACCUUCCACACCACCAGCCGCGUCCGUGUGCCGUCAUCGCUCGAGUCCAAUGCGCCACCCACUCCCAUUGCCCUAUCGUCGCCCGGGGGCCUGGACGUCGCGGGCCAUCUUGCAGAGCUGCUUCGUGCCAAUCACACACUCAGUCCCUACACGCCGCAUCCGCGCCUCGUGGCACUACGCACGAUGCCUGCGCAUCGCCCUCGAUCCAGUCGUGUGCAUGCUCGACAGAAACGCGCGUUCCACUUGUCCUAG